CUUAGGUCUUCGUCAAACACUAAUCCAAGGUACCGUGCCGAUUUAAGUGGAUACGGUUCUGAACCGUCCACAAAAAAAGACGACCUAGAGACGAAUCACAGCGAGAGACUCGAUCUGGAUGGCUUGAAGAGAAUGAAUUCUGAUUUGUUCCCAUUUAAUUUGAGUAGAUUCACAUCAAAAAAUGUAGAUUCAUCAAACGCCCUUGCCUUUUAGCGGUAAUAGAACUGGAAGCCAUACUUCAAUCUUUGCAACAGCACUUCCCGUUCAGUUCCGGUUAUUUGUGUGCACGUGUGUCGUGUAAGCGCAUGCGUUUUGUCGAAUUCCCACAUCAAGAUGCCCUUACUGCUUGAAUUUCUCCUCCUGUUGCUGCGAAUCUGUGGUCAUAUACUAUUGUCUCUGAUUCGAAUCGUCUUUCCGAAGUCGCGACGUGACCUGAAAGGAGAAGUCGUACUCAUCACUGGAGGAGCCAAUGGAAUCGGACGGCAUAUGGCGCACACGUUUGCUUUGCGUGGUUGUACCGUCGUAGUACUGGACGUCGAUCAAGCUGGACUGGAUGCUGUAAAGAAAGAGCUGCAUAAGGAAGGUCACGUGGUUCACUGCUACAAAUGUGACUGUAGCAACAGAGAGCAGAUUUACCAAGUAGCAGAGACAGUUCGCAAAGAAGUGGACGAUGUGUCGAUAUUGGUGAACAACGCAGGCAUACUUAUAGGAAAGAAGUUUCUUGAUCUUUCAGACAAGAGCAUCGAGAAAGUAUUCAGUGUCAACUCGCUUGCACACUUUUGGACAUGCAAGGCUUUUCUUCCUGCCAUGUUGAAAAACAACAAGGGUCACAUUGUGAGCAUCGCAUCUGUUGCGGGCUUGUAUGGAGCUGGUGGCCUGACCGAGUAUUGUGCAUCAAAGUUUGCUGCUGUCGGUUUCAUCGAGUCUCUUCGUCAAGAAAUUAGAUAUGCUCGCAAAGACAAUGUACACGCGACCCUAGUGUGUCCUUACCAUGUUGCAACGGAUCUAGCCAAAGGUGUUAAAGCAAGGUUUCCGUCUGCUUUGCAAACAAUGCAGCCAGAAUUUGUGGCAGAACGUGUGGUGACAGCUGUGGAGAGAAAUGAGUGGCGUGUCGUCUUACCUGCGACUUUGUCGUAUUUCAUUGAGAUGACGAGGAUGCUGCCAUAUCAAACCGGAAUGCAAAUUCUAUUUGAAUUCUUGUUUCUUUUGCUGCAAAUAUGUGGCCACAUGCUGUUGUCUAUAUUUAGAUUCAUCAUUCCAAGUUCUCGACGUGAUCUGAAAGGAGAAGUCGUUCUCAUCACUGGAGGAUCCAGCGGAAUUGGACGACAAAUGGUUCACGCGUUUGCUUCGCAUGGUUGCACUGUCAUAGUUUGGGACAUUGACGAAGAAGGGCUGGACAGCGUAAAAAGAACUCUUUUGCAAGAAGGUCACGUGAUUCACUGCUACAAAUGCGAUUGUAGCAAUAGAGAGGAGGUUUACGGAGUAGCAGAGAGAGUGCGCGUGGAAGUCAAUGACGUUUCUAUUUUGGUGAAUAACGCGGGCGUAGUUUCGGCAAGAAAGUUUCUCGAUGUUCCAGACAAGCACGUUGAGAGAGUGAUGGGUGUCAACUGUUUGGCACACUUUUGGACAUGCAAAGCAUUCCUUCCUUCUAUGAUGGAACGAAACAAUGGUCAUAUUGUGACCAUAGCAUCAGUAGUUGGCUUGUUUGGAGUUGCUGGUUUAUCAGAAUAUUGUGCAUCCAAGUUUGCUGCAAUUGGCUUCACUGAGUCUCUUCGCCAAGAAAUCAGAUAUGCUCGAAAGGAUGGCGUGCACAUGACACUAGUGUGUCCGUACCAUGUUGGAACAGAUCUAUUCAAGGGUGUCCAAGCAAGGUUUCCGUCACUGUUACAAACGCUGGAUCCAAAGGAUGUGGCAGAACGAGUCGUGACGGCGGUCGAGAGAAAUGAAUGGCGUGUCAUUUUGCCGUGGUCUGUCUCAUUGCUUAUUGAACUGAUGAGGCUGCUACCCUAUAGAAGUGUGGAUGCAUUUGGCGACUUUAUGGGCACCGAACACUCAUUGGAUAACUACAGUGGAACUUCGUUGAAAGACGAUUGAAUCAUAAUGUGACGAUGCUACUUGAGGGAGUUUUGCAUCACAAGUGUCGUGCUCGUUGGACAUGAAUCAAUUAAUAAUGCAGAACGCUAAGUUUGUGCAUGUUAACAUAGUUAUGUUUUCAGUUGACUUUUGUAUGGUUAGAUUGUUGUAUUACUAGCCUGUACGUCUAGUAUUGUGUUUUGUUUUCAGAAAUUCUUUCCUCUAUGCAGUCUACAGAUAAGUGAAUUAAUGCCAGACAUGGUAUGUCGGAUGUAA